AUGGUCCUCCGCAGAUCCAAGCGGCUUCGAGGCCCCAUCCGCAUCGAUCACGCCCUACUCCCCCACAUCGCCGAGCUCAUCCUCGCACACGCUCCUUGGUCCGCCCUCCUCGCGUUCCGUGCCACGUCGCACUACUUCUGCGACUACAUUACCCCUCUCCUGGUGCACCACCUCGCUCUGUACCCCCUCUCAGAAGACGACCACGACCAUCUGCUUGUCCGUUCCCCCUAUGGCGGCCACAUUCCUGGUUUUGAAGGAAUCGACCUCACGAGCGACGAAAAGGACCAGGACAACAUCAAGUCUUUCACCCAGCACACGCGGGUUCUGGAUUUGGAGGGUUACAUCCACCCUCAGCACCUUGGACGCCUCGUCCAGAUGUUCCCCAACCUCGAAACGUACCGCAUCACCACGGAUCCAAUGACUGGCGCCUUUUCUCCCUUCUUCAUUCCUUGCAAGACCCUCGUGCUGUUCACCAGCGACAUUGGAAUGAACCCUUUGAAUCCCAUCCCAGCCCAACUCGCCUAUCACACUGCUUCUCUCCAGAAGAUUCCCGACGGUGUCACCAAAGUCGUCAUCAACAUGCGCGGCGGAAACUGGUACACACCUGCCAACUACACCCUUCCUGCAACUGUCAAGGAAGUGACUGUGAUUUUCCCUAGCUACGAAUUGGGUUCCCAGGUGGGCUCGUUCGUCAACAAGGUCGACAGGAACAAGCUCGCAGCCUCCACCGCCACCUUCCUCGAAUGGAGUGACGCGUGGUACACCCUGGUCGGCUUGGACGAAAUCAAGCUGCUGGUCAGGAGCUUCCUCGCCAUCAGUGACACAGAGUUUCGGAAGAAGUACAAGCUCGCCGCCUUCCUCACCAGGGACCUGUACGCUAUUGCCACCGGCGUCCAGAACAUCAGCCUCGAGAGCGUCGAACGUUUCUACCAAGGCCCCGUCAUCCCAUUCCUCGGCCAGAACGACGGCGACCACGAAUUCGCCCACCUCCUGCGAGCACACAACAAUACCGAUGGCGACCUUCCAGCGCCCCCAUCUCAAGACGCCUACACCUUGUUGGAUAUUUGGGGAAGCGACGAUGAGGGCGAAGUGGGAAGUGAGGUGGAAGGAGACGUCUCAGACUCGGAUGCCACGUGA